AUGACCAGCAUGGAAUUCCUUUGCGAUGUUUGGAGACGAGAACUCAACAAUGACCUUUUUCUUGCCGGAGCUCUGGUCUUUGGCAUCACGGAGGAUAGAGGAGAAGAUAAAUCUGAGAUUGAGAGCAAGGGUCUCUUUGCUGAGAGAAACGCAUUCUUCCAGAAAAUGGAGGAUGAGGAUGCCGAAGCUAUUACACUAUGGAAACGGUUUCGUGAUGUCAGUAUCGAGCGGUAUAUCUCUACCUAUGCUCGCCUCAAUAUUAAGUUUGAUGCUUACUCUGGGGAGUCAACUGUGAAAGCAUCGACGGUCGAGAAGGCCGAGUCACUUCUCAAAGAAAAGGGCGUCUACACUGAAGAUAACGGCACUUGGAUUAUUGACUUCAAGAAGCACGGUGCUCCUAAUCUUGGAGUUGCAGUUGCUAGAACACGAAUCGGCACUACAACUUACUUACUCCGUGAUAUCGCAGCUGCCUUGGAAAGAGUUGAGAAGUAUCAGUUUGAUAAAAUGAUCUAUGUUGUUUCUACAGAGCAAGAUCUAUAUUUCCAACGCCUCUUCAAGACCAUUGAACUCAUGAGUUACACUGAUGUGGCGGCCAAACUUGAGCAUGUCAACUUUGGAAAAGUCAUGGGGAUGUCAUCACGACUCAGCACUGUGAAAAUAUUGAGUGAUAUCUUAGAUGAGUGUGGUAGCGCUAUGCACGACGUCAUGCGAAAAAACCCCACCAAGUAUGAACAAAUUGAGAACCCCACCGAAGUUUCAGAUACUCUUGGAAUCACUGCAGUUAUGGUUCAGGACAUGACAGGGAAAAGAAUACAUAACUAUACUUUUGACAUCGCUAAGAUGACCUCCUUUGAAGGCGACACAGGCCCCUAUCUUCAAUACGCCCAUGCAAGACUUUGUUCAAUCGUUCGAAAAGUUGACAUUGAUCCGAAGGAGAUUACAAAUGCCAAUUUUUCCCUCUUAAAGGAGCAGCAUGCCAUUAACAUCCUUCGUCUGAUGGCACAGGUUACAUCCAAUGCCGUGAAAACACUAGAGCCAACCACCAUUCUGACAUAUCUUUUCCGAUUGGCACAUCAGAUCUCCUCAGGGUACGAUGUAAUUAAGGUGAUUGGUGCCGAAAGCCACGACGUCACCGUCGCUCGUCUAGCUUUGUAUGAAGGAGCUCGACAGGUACUGAAAAAUGGAAUGCGCCUUCUGGGCUUCACCCCCGUCAAACGGUAUGAACAUCCCUCAAGUACAUUCAAGUUUUGCAUGAACUUUCUAACUAGUCACAGGAUGUAA